AUGACAGCCGCCGGGGUCCAUGAGUUGGAACCAACAGACUACCGACACAUGCUCAUCUUCCUGCUGCUACUGACGACCGCCUGGGCCCGUCCUCUGCUCACAGACAGAGGCUACCGCUGGCAAGAAGCCUGCACGGAGGCCCUGGCAUACGUGCCCUUUGAGUCCUCCAAUCCCAGAGACAUUUCCAUUCUGGGAACCCGAUGCCACUACCAGCCUGCUCUGGGCUCGGUACUGCUCUGUGUACACAGAAACACCAUCCCGGAGGAGCUGGACUGGUCGUACCGGUCGCUCAUUGAGAACUGCGAAGAUAAGGGUUAUUUUCUGACUCAAACCGAUCUCUUCUACGCCUGGAUGAACGCCUCCGAGUUCGAGGACACGGCCUAUGAACUGCCCACUGGCCCCACUAGCGGUCCUCUUGUUCACAGACCAGUCUCCGUUCCCAAUGACACCUUCGCUACCUACUAUCAUGUCAUUGAUGAGGCCAUUUACUACACCAACUUUGCAAGUUACUACUCGUACGGACUGGGGUUCUUCUGGGCAGUCGUCUUCUUCUUUGGAGUCGUUUCCAACUUCAUUGCCAAAAACGCCCACAAUGUCACUGCUCGGUUUUUUGCUGGCAAGAAAACCAACAUGGUGCGUCGACACUUUUUCAUGUCGGCUCUGGGAUCUCUCAAACACAAUGUCCCGCUGUCUAUCCGACGCAUGGGCAUCAUGGCCGUCCCCACUCGAGCCCAGUUUGUUGUCACAUUCAUCUACGUCUUUGCUGAGAUCCUCUACAUCUUCAUUGGGCUCGCCAUUGCUCCCCGAGGUCUUCCUCUCAAAGAUUUACAGGCCAACUGGGUCAAAAGCAUUGCCAAUCGCUCGGGAGGCAUGGCUGUGACCCAGGUGCCGUGGAUUUUCCUCUUUGCCGGUCGUAAUAACAUCCUUAUGUGGAUGACUGGAUGGGGCUUUGACACCUUCAACGUGUUUCACCGGUGGAUUGCGCGAAUGUGUGUGCUACACUCACUCAUUCACACCAUUGCUUAUGCUAUGAGCGCCCAUAAGUACAAUUUCCUAGAGGCUGGUCUGCAUCUGCCGUACUUCAAGUGGGGCAUAGCAGCUACUGUCUGCUGCGUGGCUCUUUGUGUCCAGGCCUUUUACUACUUUCGACAUUGGAAGUACGAGGUCUUCCUGGCUCUGCACAUUGUCCUGGCGCUCUUCUUCCUUAUUGGCGUCUGGAUUCAUAUCGACAUGUUCCACUGGUGCGAAUACGUCUACGCCGCUGGAGCCGUGUGGGUCUUCGACCGGUUCAUGCGCCUGUUUCGAAUCUGGUGGUCAGGUGUCUGCGUUGUUGGCGACUUUCAGAUUGCUGAUGAGAAGCAGAAGAUUAUGCGAAUCACCAUCGACUACUCGCGCAUGUGGGAGGUCUAUCCAGGAGCUCACCUCUAUCUCUACGUGCUCAACUCCAAGCGCGUGUGGGAAAACCACCCCUUCACUGUCUAUCAGUCUCCUCAAGCUACUAGAGACGGACGACUUAGUCUCAUGGUGCGGGCCAAGGAAGGCAAGACUAAGGAACUUUACAACUCCAUUCUCGACAGCAAAAUGAACACCGUCCAGUACAACUGUCUGGUGGAAGGCCCCUACGGCAACUCGCAUCCUGUUCACAAGUACGACACCUGCAUCAUCAUGGCAGGUGGAAUCGGAGUUACUGCUGCCUACGCCUACGCCGUUUCCUGCCUCAACCAAGAACGAGUUAUGGGUCGUCAAAAGAUUGUUUUCGUUUGGGUUCUUCCUACUGACGAAGCCCUCCAGUGGUUCAAACCUGAGCUCGACUUCUUGCAGCAGUUUGGCAACGUUGAGGUCCAGCUGUACUUCACAUCCAAGAAGUACCGAGUGGAAAAUGAGAUGGAGAAGAUGGUAUUCGACACUCCUGAAAAGAAUGUAGGCUCUCCACCUCCGGUGCCCAAGAAGGACAGUGUCUUUGUCAACAUCAUGCCUGUGUCUCCCUUUGAGCGAGAACUUAUCCCCCCUCGAAAUAGCAGUCUGCCCAAACAUCCCAAGCUGAUGCGAUCGUCUUCUCGAUCAAAUACCAGUCCAGCUGCCUUUGGACAAGACCAACAUUUCCGAACUGGCUCUUCAGAUACCCUACUUAACCCCGCAAAAGGCUACUUUGACUCACUUCCCGAUAGAAAAUCGACCAUUCUUGACUACUACACUGAGGAGUCGAGCCCCAGAGUCCGGACUAUGGACACCAUUUACGGACGACGACCCGACAUGAACGCUCUACUCAGCAAACACUUUGAAGAGUGUCGAGGGACCUGUUCCGUCACCAUCUGCGCUGCUCCUGCCAUGAACGACGACGUCAGAAACGCAGUCACUAACAACAUGGACAAGUGCAAGGGCCGAGUUGAUUACUUUGAGGAGUCUUUUAGUUGGUGA